AUGCUUGUGCUGUACGUCCUUGGGCGCAACCCGGUACACGGCUACAACUACUCUGCCGCGCUGCUGGAGGAGGCAGCGCUGUGGAACGACGUGGUCGCGCUGCCAAUGAAUGAGGGGCGUGUGACAACGAACAAGACCAUUGGCGGCAAUGGGUACUGGGGCUCUGAGGCGGAGAUUGGCUUGAGCCGCAAGACGUACUUUUGGCUAGAGCUGGCGCUGCACAUGUUUCCCACCGUCCCGUACCUUGCGAAGGGCGACGAUGACAUGUUUCUUCGUGUGCCGCAGUUCCUUGCCGACCUCCCCACGCUGCCCCGCCGCGGCCUUUACUGGGGGCUGCUGCUCACGUCGGCGGCAAAGGUCCGCUACGCCAGUGGCUUGUGCGUGACACUGGCGCGGGACGUUGCGCAGCAUGUGGUGUCGUACGCGCGGCUGCGGCGCGCGGUGCUGCGCCCGGAGGACACGGCCGACAGCGAGUACGAGGCGCUCAUUAUGCUGAACGAGGACGUGAUGAUGGGGCGGGCGAUUGAGUGGUCGCGCUACGCGCCGGUGGUGUACGCGCGCGAGAAGGUGUGUAGUUUUCACGACGCCACGGAGGGCCGGUUUUACCGCCCGACCACCGCGAACUCCGUCGUGGUGCACCACCUGCGCGAGAGCGACUACGGCGAGCUGAUGGACCGCUUUGGCAACGACACCGCGCCCGCCGCCCGAGUCUUCCGGCGGGGCAGCCGCUGCCACCUGCAUUUUCCGUGCAGACGCUGA